AUUUUUUUAAUUUUUUUUUUACAAUAUGAAAACCAUAAGUUUGUCCAAGAAACAUUUUACUUAUAGUCCUAAUAAAAAACAGAAUGUGUUCACUGUAAUACCAAAUUUAACAUAUCGUCAGCAACAAAACAUGGAUGCUAUAGAAGAAGUACUUUUUUAGAAUAACAAACAAUUUAAAGGGGUUUUCUUUACUGAGUGUGAAAAAGAAGACCUUAAAGAGGCUGUAGAUUUUCUAAGGCCCUUCUAUAAAACCACACUUGAUUUAUCAGGAUCCAAAUAUCCUACAGUUGGGAUUUCCAUGUUAUAUAUGGAGAAUAUAAAUAAUGAAAUUUUAAAUAAUAUAAAAAAGGAUAACAAUACAAAAAAAGAAAUUCUUAAUAACAUGCUGGUUAAAAUGCAGAAAUAUCUCAAAGAAUUAUUUUGCUAUGAAUCAUAUGUCUCAACAUUAUUGGAUCUAACAAGUUUACUCUUAAUAGAAUUGAGUAUAUGACCAAAUUUUCAAACUAUUUAAGGAAAAUAGAAAAUAAAAAAAAUACAGGAAUAACGGAUUCUCAGGAGGAAAUCAAUGAAUUUAGUUUUUUAGAAAGAAUUUUAUCCCAAAAAAGAAAUUCAGAAGGGGAUUAUAUAUCGGCAGAAAUCAUUGAAGAAAAUAUAUCAGAACUUCCCACCUAUUUGAAUGAACCUCUUGUUUCAUUAAAGGAUGACAUAUUAAUAUGGUGGAAAGCCAAUAGGAUUUCCAGUCCUCUCAUUAGCAGCUAUAAAUUUUUUAGCAAUUUAAGCAACAUCUGUCCCCUGUGAACAAAUAUUUUCGAAAGCAGGAGAUCUUGUCACUAAAAAAGGAAUAGGCUUUCAAACAAAACAAUACAAGCUUUGAUGUGUAUGGGCUCUUGGUUAAAGAAUGGAAUAGAUCUACCGCCUCCAUUAAGUCCCUCUUCGAAUUCCUUCCAAGGAAGUUCUACAAACAAAGCUAACCCUAAUCCCUCACAUUGCUACAAAACAUGAUGAAUCUAUUAUUAAAGAUAAUGACGAUCAAACAAACGCCUUACCCGUUCUAGAGUUACUGGUAGACAAAAUAAUAAAGAACUACGCUUGAAAUAAACUCAUCUGGAGGAAUUAAUGUUAUAGAAGAAAAAUGAAUAAAAAAUAUUAUAUUAUUGAAGUCAAGUCAGCCUUACCCUGAAUUCAUAGUGGCGCGAUUGCGACGCGAUAAAAAAUAGAUAAAAUAGCUUUUAUUCUUUCUCUUAAAGAGUACGAAUGUUUAUACAAUAAGCAUAAUCAUUUGUAUAAAAGUAUUAUAUACAAGAAUAAAAUCUGGGAAUUAUUAGCCAAGCAGUAUAAUAUGCCUGGUUCAUCUCUCUAGAAAAAUAUGAGAGAUUGUUUUAUAAAAGAGAAGCAAAAGCUAAAAAGACUGAAAAGUAGGUCAGAGGGUGGCCAUCACAUCUCAUGGCCAUUCCAUCAGGAUAUGCUAUUUCUGGUAGAAACCUUAACACCUAGAUCACAGAAAUCCUCUUUAGAUAUAGAGGAAUGUACUACUAAAGAUGCAAAUGAUAUAUUUAAUGAAAUAACAGGAGGUGAUCUCAUUGAUAGUGAGAAUAUAUCAGAUGAUAUAUUUAUUCCCAAAGAUUCUGCAGCACUAAAUCUUAGUAAUGAUUCUGAAUCUAUGUCCUGUGUUGGGUCACCUAGUUAUUAUUAUAAAUGUCCUAAGAGAAAGAACAAUGAUAUGGAUGAUUAUAGGAAAUUAAUGAAAAUAGAAGCAUAUAAAGCAUUAAUAACCUUGGAAAUGCUUAAAAAUAAAUCAACAGAACAUGCAAUAUGUUUAUAUAAAAGAAAAAUUAGAUGA